CAAGGUCAGUUACACGCUGCCGCAGACAACGCCGCGUCCUCGUCAAAGGACAGUAGAUAAAGAAGUCCGCCGACUUGCGCUGCAUCCGUUUUUCAGAACUGGGAAGAACUGCAUGGCAAUGGAGUGUCUGCGGUUCCUCGUUGAGCCAGCUAAGGAGCUCACAAUCCGACUAAAGGAGUCUCGUGAGAAAGCAGAGAAUGAGAAGAAAAAGGCACUGGUGGAGAGUCAGCUGUUUAUCAUGGAGCUAGCCAGGGACCUCAGCCGUCUGUGCCAGAGGACGGAGGUUCUGAAACACAUCUGGUCCUGUGAGGACAUCUGGCCCCCCCACGUGUGCCGGGCUUUUAUCCUGGACUGGGCCUCACAGCUGGAGAAUCAGGUAGGAGGUGGGCGAGAGAAGCGUGACCUGUGCAAGCUGACAGAGGACCAGAAGGAGGAAGAUGUGGAGUGGGCGGAGAAGAUCAUCCUGGGCUGGACCAGGGGGCUGAAGAACCAGGCUGAGCUCAGUGUGUGGCCUGGGGAGUCUGUUGUCAUGGCGCUGGAUGAUCUGGAGGCCCAGUGGAAGAGAGGCAGGAUGCCGACUCUGCUGUCUGCCAUGGAGCUGGUCAUGUGCGCUUUGCUGACUGAGAGCCCAGACAAGGAAGCUGUCCCCCAGCUGUGGCUGACUGGAAAGCAGAGGAGGCAGAAAAUUGAGGCUGCCCAGUAUAUCCCUAUUACAGUGUGGAACUGGAUCCGUGAGGCCUCAGUGGAGGUGACCCUUGACGCCGACACGGCGAACCCUGACCUGCUGAUCUCCCCUGACGACAAAAGGAUGCGCUGUGGCUUCGAGAGGAAAGAGGUGCCCAACUUCCACCAGCGCUUCGACGGCUGGUGGUGCGCGGUGGGCGUGGACGGCUUCACCUCGGGGCGGCACUACUGGGAGGUGGAGGUGGGCGAGAGGGACUGGCGGCUGGGUGUGGCCAAGGAGUCGGCCCUGAGGAAAGGCUUCAAGUCCCUGAACACAUACACGGGUUACCUGACCCUUCGGCUGGAGAGGGGCACAGAGUUGAAGGCCCUGACGGUGCCCUUCACCUCCCUGCCCCCCAGUCUCAUCCCCCGCAGGGUGGGCGUGUACCUCGACUACGAGGAGGGCCAGCUCUCCUUCUACGACGCGGAGUGCCACUCCCACAUCUACACCUACAGCGAGACCUUCACUGAGAAACUCUACCCUCUCUUCGGCACCGUGGAGAUCAUCAAAGACCUGGUCAUCAGGCCUGCGGUGGCCAAAGAGCGCAACUGCUGCUCUAUGUUAUGUCUCUGGGCCUAGCUACCCUGUGCCCUCAACCCCCCGUCUCUCAACAGAGACGUAGAUCCAGCAGAGCCUUUAUUAGUUGUGAGGAACAGGCCAGAGGCCCACUGCUGUAAAGACCAGCAUGCUUUAGUGUAGCAGUCCACUCUGUCACUACUGCCUCUGUGUGACCCUUUCAGCUUCCUGCUCAGCACAAUCCACUAUAAGCUCAUAAUGUACACUUUCAUGUACGGUAAACUAACAUGAAAAUACUACUGCCCUGUUAUUGUUGGCUUGUGCAAGCUUAAUCCUGCAAUAAUGAUGCACUUUAUGUGGUUAAUAAACUGACCAAAUGAAAGACGUUUGCUUAGUG